UGUAGUUGUCAAAUUUCGAUAUGCAUGAAAUUAAUCUAACUGAUGGAAAUUUGGAAAUUUCACACUAUAAACAAAUACUAAUGAUAAUGUGUGAACAUAUAAAUAAAUGAUAAUUAUCAAAAUGCUAAAUAAUGAUAAUUCAAAAAUUUCAACGACAUGUAUUGAAAUAAUUAGAAUAACCAAUUUUAUGAUUCUAUUGUUACUAAAACAGACUAUUUGAAAUGAAUGGAAAUUCUUGAAAUGACUUAACUGUAUUAGAAAUCAAAGAAAUGACUUCCAGGCCUAGUUUCAGUACUAAAUCAGGUACUCACAAAAGAAUUGGUUCUGGUAGCCAUAACAGAAAUAGCUCUCUUGAAUCUGUAAAUAAUCAGUCUGAUUCAGCUCAAAGUGUGAAUUCUGAAUAUGAAAAUCAAAGAACUAGAAAAUAUGGACAUCAUAGGUCCAAGUCUAGUGUUCAUGAAAGGGUAGAUGAAAAUGAAUCCUUAACCAAUCGGCAAGAAUUCAGAUCGACUCAAGGACUGCUAGAACAAGGCACUAAACCAGCUUUCUGCAACCGUCCAACAACCUUAUUUCCUUUGAAACCUCAUGAGAAUGGAGUUCAGGGUGACUCACUACAACCUGAAAAGGAGCCUAUCCAGUUCGAAGUCAAUCUUGUGGGGGCACCACCUGAGGUGACACAGCUGGUCAAUAACAUCAAACAAGUGGCUGAACAAUUCUUGUACCAUUGGAAAACUUUUCCCAUCGUUCUACCAAAUCCCUUGUCUCAAAUGGACUCUCUGCAAACUUCUCAAUUAUCUUCAGAGGGUUCUUUAGGAAGGUGCCGGACGAAGUGCCAUCUUCGAGACCUCUUCAUUGCUCCUUCUUUUGAUGAAUUGGACGCUGUAGCUGUUGACACGAAAGGGGAAAAUAGGAAACUUACUGGCAAACAGCUGGAAUACAUCAGAGAGAAAGGGCAGUUCUAUGUAGAGUCUAUCAAUUUUCCUGGACAACAGCAUUGUUGGAAAUUAUCCGAUCUUCUACAAAAAGGUACAGAGAAAAGUCGAGAAAGUCUUCUGAACGAUCUGGCCUUAGCUAUGAAGUUUCUUGUUGUAAUUGCCAGAGGAAGAAUAUUCGAUUCGUAUUUCAGCGUUGCACAAUCUGUUAAAGCUCUCAUAGCUGGACUUUUGAGAAUUUUAGAUCUCUUAAUUGGAUUACCUAGUUUACAGGCACAUAAUUUGGAUAAUAAAAUAAAAGAGGAAAGGAACAAAUAUUUAGUUGCGGAACUAGUUUGUAGGCCCGAAAAUGAAGAAUCGUUGGAGAUGUUAUGCUCCUACAUAAAAAAGCAGCUGCAUCGUGCAAUAACAGAAAAAUUCGAGGUAGCUAGGGAGUGUUCGAACAUUCCCGUUUCAGUUCCAUAUACGUUUUUAACGCCUUCUGCCGUUGAAUUAGAUUUGAGGUUAUGGGAUAAAAGUUUAAUGAGAAAAGCCAUCCCGAUAUUAGUGACAAUAUUAGAGAAAGAAACGAGAGGAUGGUUUUUACACUUCAGGGAAAAGCUCAUCGCUGAGUUGAGGGCCCAGAAGAUGGCCGAUUCGGAUAUCGAACAAGAGGUUAACGAAGCAGUGAUGAAAGAAUAUUUGCAACGAGUGUACAGCAGUAUAUGCUCCAAUUCCGAAAUACAGGCUUUAGGAGAUGGGGUUGCUCAACUUCUUAUUCAACAAGCUCAAAGUGUUGUGUUGAUGCAUAAAGCAACUGAGAAUGUACAAAGGCGGCUUUCGAAAACCUUGGAAGAAAUGAAAAUUAAAUUGAACAACAUGCAUCCCGUUUUAUCUAGGAUAGAGCCAUGGCUUCAAUUCAGGCUGAGCAACACGGAAACGAAAUUCGUUCACGAAAAUCAAUGGAGUACCCACGAAGAAGCUCUGAAUCUUUGCAAUUCGCAAAAAUUAGUACAAACAGUUUAUUUUUUAAAUAGGGAUUUGACUUUUAUGAAAGAGAGAGAACCUGCCCUUCUGAGAGAAUUGAGGAAGGUGAAGACACCUACACGCAGCUUCCUUUGGCCUACUCAGAUUUGGCUACCGAUGAACUGGGUGGUACGGAGGAAUUUUCAAGGUCAAUCUGAGGUUAUUCCGACCGUAUUGAGCAAGCAAGCUACAACAAUAACAACUCCAAGAUCUGAUCCCAGUCAACCAGUAUUUUUGGUGGAAAAAGAAGUGGGACGUACGACUACAACUAGGUGGCCGAUGUGGAGAAUAUUCAAUUACUUUCAUCGAACUUGGUGUUGGACUUGGAACGCGAUGUUUCUCUUUGGUGUCAUUCUGCCCUGGUGCAGCCCAGUAGGUCUUAGAGCUCUUUUAAAUAUCGAACCAUUUAUGCCCGAUUUGGAAUUGUCUCAAGUGAACGGGACACUUUUUCCUAGAAAAAGUAGCUUGACACCGACUCUCACAUCGAGAUUAAUAAGCCUCUGGAGGCACAUUUCGAAAUCGAGAACCCAUUUUGAAACAAAACCAGAUACUGGUUUUAUCGGGAAAGGUUUCACAAGGCAUAUCAACAGAAUUUGGAAUUAUGUAAUUAAAGGUUUAUUUGGAACGAUGGCAUUACUAUUUGGGUUUCCGGUCUUUUGUAUGGUGGUAAUUAUAGCCAGUCUGUUGAUAGCGUUCACAGCUGUGCUAUGGAUGCCUGUUAUAACACUUCUUGUUCAGGUUAUGAACGCUUUAAUAUACGAUGCGGAUAGUCCUCUUCAAAACAUUAACAGGUUUUUCAUUUUCUUCGAAGUAAUGAUCAUAAAUAUUGGAAUCCUGGGUAUACUCCAGCCAAUUGCAGCUAUUUUUGUAGGAGCUAUAGUUUGUCCGUUAAUUGCUCUUCUGGUAGCUUUAGGGGGCGUGGCUCGCUAUUGGUUCCGCCUUCUUUGGGACGCAGCUAUUUUUCAUUCGCUCAUCAAGAAACGUGGGCGUGUCCCUGCCUGCGACAGUUUCGUGGUGAAAAGGAUUGCAGGGCCGGGUUUGGCAUCAGAUUACUAUUUCCAAAUAAGUACGGAGCAAGCUUUGGCAGCUUUCGAGGCUAAGAUGGAAUGGGACGAACUCAUGGCUUUUCAAAUGGUCAUGGAGAAUACCAUAAUGCAACCUCAGAAAGACUUUAGUCAGUUCGUCGACGCUUGUUUUGGCAGUUUUUCCACGCAGUUGGCCAAAAAUGGCCCCUAUAAAAAUUUGGAGAAGGAAGCCAAUGAUUUUAUUUUGGUUCUGCAUGAGAAAUUAGAAAAACGCAGGCGAGAUCUACAGACCGGUUUGAACGUUUCUAUCAGAAGUAAAGUUAAACUAACAACGAAUGAUCUGAAGGUUGCUAUACAGCAGGGUGCUCUGAUGCUUGAACGUUACUACCCUCAUCGGAUUAUAACGAAACUUGGCUGUACGGAAGAACAGUUCUGGGACAGCAAGGCUCUGCUGCCGGGAGAUUGGGCAGGCUUAGCUGCUCUUCUCUAUUCGGAAAUAUUCAGUUUGGACAUAUUAACGCCUCUGGAUCAUACGGAUACCAGUUUUCGUUUGGAUCCACACCCUCAAGCUGAUCUAGGUCGGUUUACCGAAAUGGUUCAAUGUGUUCAAUUAGGUGCUGGUGGUCCUGAUUUGUUAGGAAAUGUGUAUACUCCUAGAGGAAACAUUCAGGUUCAUUCACCAUUUUUAGAUGUUUCUGCAUUUAAUCCUAGAUCUAAGAAAACUGCCACGGGCCGAAAAACCGAUAAAAAAACAGAAUCCUCAGUAGGUCUAUGUAAGGUGAAGAUGAUAACCAAAAACCAUUUGUGGAUGUCUUGGAAGAGGACCCACAAGACUAGAACUACGGAAAAAAUGAUCAUUCCCUUACCUAUACCGCAUCCCGCUCACAUAGCUGUUACUAUUUAUAAUAGGGAUUCUGAUGAUCCAAUACCACUAGAAUCUGACAUCUGUCAAAACAUACUGCAGGGAAUAGAAGAUAGUCAUGCCGCAAUCGAUGAGACCGUUGGUAGGUUCCAAGGGGGCGCCAAUUCUUACGAAACGACCACCACCUCCAGCUCAGAGUCCCUGGAAGAUUCUCCCCCUCCGGAUACGGAGACAGUCGAAGAAGUCCAAGAGAGCAGCGAUCAGUAUAAUACGGAGACAGUGCACCAUUGGACUUUGAGCAGUUGGAGUCAACGCAAAAGAAACAAUUUGGGUAGUGUUAGGGUCGAUCUAGCUAGUCCGGAAGACGUUACGUUGGAUAGUGAUAGUACACGGGUUGUGUUUAGCACGUACGGAACUACAGUCUGAUGAAUUUAGGUGUUUUUCUUUCCGGUUAAUCUUACACGACUUCUCGAAAUGAAAAUGUUAUUAUUGUAGGUGAGAGGUAUUCAAAAUUGUGCUGAAUAUUGAUGUCCCAUCGGAGCAUUUCACUUUGGCAGUAUUAUUUUAUAUUUUACGUCUUCUCACUCAGUAUUAUUCUAAUUUUAUUUUUUUGAGUACUAGCUGAGCAUUUAUGAGGUUGUAUGAAAUUGCCCAAAGAUUUAUAUACUAAAUUAAAGAGUAACUAACUUUUUCUGCCAUUUCUUGAGUCUGACCAUCUCGCAAUAAACAAAAUGUCAGUUUUAAGAAAUAAUAUUAGACGAUGUAUGUAUGUAUAAGCUUUAAAAUCCGCCCUGAUGGUUGUUAUUUAUUUGAAUGAUAUAUUAUUUUAAUUUCUGUAUAACUGUCGGAAUGGGACAUCGAAAGAAACAAGUUUAAAAUAGAUAUCUCAUUAGGACAAGAUCAUUAACGGGAGACUGAGUUUGGUAUCUAACUUUCCUGAAUGAUAUUAUAUUUAAGGGUUGUAAUUAUCAAUUGAAACAAAGAAUUAUUCCCAAUCCUUUUUUGCAAAAUGAAAACUGAAAUCAGAACUUCACAAAUAACAAUAACCUAAAUAUAACCUAACCUAACCUAACAAGUAACCUACCUAGAUAACCUUAAAACUGAAUUAGCUACCUAGAUAAUAUUUAUUACUAGUUCAUUGAAAAAAUUCCCUGUCAUGCUACAAAAACUCAAUCUGAACUCAGUUUCCUGCCUUCGAUCUUCUCCUGUAGCUACUAAGACAAAAUUUUCAACAAGUCUAAUAUUGCGUUCAGAAAUCGAAUUGAUUUUUUUAAAAUGCUUUUGUAAAUUAGUACCUCGUUGGUUCCAUUGAUAUUAAUAUACCAAAAUACAUUGUUCAGGUUCGUCGUAUUGAGAUUAAGUAAAAGAAUUUAAAAUUCAGUGUGAAUAGAAAGAAUUUUCUCAAGUGUUGCACCAUCAAAGGAUGUCAAAAAAAUAUCAAUCGAUUCGAUGUUUUUCUAUUCUUGAAGUUCAUUGAAAUAUUGUGCGAAUAGUUGUAUUCUUUUGAUAUCCUGAGUUUUUAUGGAGUGUCGAUGCUUUAACAACUUUUUCAAGAUCAUAUAAUUGUGUAUGACGUUCUGAAUGAGUGAUCUUGUAUACACUAGUUAUCUUUAUUUUUAUUACAAGAAAGCUAGGGUCCAAUUUUAUUUUUUACUAGUUAUAAUUUUCGUCACUGAUCAAAUUGAAUCUAUAAUAUUUAUUAAUUUUUUUUAAUGGGUUUCAUAACUAUAUUUAUUUUCCCUUUUUUACCAGUGCAAAAAAAUUAGAUUAUUUUUGAGCGUUUUUUAUAUUGACGAUUUUACGUAAAACAUCGAUUUCAAGUUUUCUUUUGGCCAGUGUGUUUACAUUUUGUUCACUGUACAACUGAGAGAAAUAAUCAAUAUUUUAAAUACUGUUGAUCGAUUUGUUAGUCCUAAUGAACCAAAUUCAGAUUUCUUUACAAAAUGACUUAGUUCUUCCAAAAUAUUAUAAAUCUGUUGGACCUAACGAAUGUAUAAAAUUAAAUACAAUAUUUAAGUUUAUGUAAUUUUCUUUGAUUUCAUUUGUGUGAUAUUUUUUAUAACGAAAAGCUUUAAUAUACUGUUUGUAGAGAGUGACUUGAAGAUUAAAUGUUUUUAUAGAUAGAAAUAACCUAUAUUAAUGCAGUUGCAUUCUAAAAUGUAAACAAUUAUUUAAUUUUAUGUAGCUAUUGAAUUAUUCUUUUAUUAGCAAUAUAUGUAUAUGUAUUUUUAAUGAUUUGGCUAAUCGAAAUCUCGAAUAAACGUAAGUAGUUAGGGCUUGCAACAAAUAUCAAGACGUUGAAUUUUUUUCAAUGUCGUUACAUCAAUCAAUUCUUGUUCAAGAUAGAUCCUAACAAUCUCGAAUCUCUAUAGUGAUAAAAUAUUUAAUUUGUACAUUCAAUUAAUAGGAAUUUUUAUCGUUUAAAAAAUAUAUUCUGCUUCUUUAGAAAAUA